AUGCGGAUCAGCGGUCUAGUCAAGGGUGUUGCCAAGGCACCCGAAAUUGCAGAGGAGGACAUGAACAUCAUGUUCGCCACGAACGUGCUGGGGUUGAUCAAUAUGGCACAGGCGAUCCUGCCCAUUAUGCUAAAGCGUAACAAUGGCGAAGGCGCGGGCGACAUCAUCAACAUAGGUUCAGUUGCGGGCCGCGAACCAUACGUUGGCGGUGGUAUAUACUGUGCAACCAAAGCAGCCGUACGGUCUUUCACCGAGAGUUUACGAAAAGAGCUCAUUGCCAAAAGGAUUCGGGUCAUUAGCAUCGACCCCGGCCAGGUUGAGACGGAGUUCUCGAUUAUAAGAUUCGGCGGCGACAAGUCUAAAGCCGAUGCGGUCUAUGCGUAA